AUGGAAGAACAGCAAGUUAAAAUCCUGAAGAGAGUACUAGAGGGAUGGCGUAUGGUUCUUCUGCCACUGAAAUCUAUUUUUCUUUGGGAACAGCAAUGGCACCCCUGUGCUAUUUUUGCUUCUAUUUCAUUAACUUAUUUAGUAAUAUGGCUUUUGGAUCUUAAUUUUCUAGCAACAAUGGCAAUUGUUGGCUUAUUUAUAAAUUUUAUUGAUUUUCUCGUGCCGAUCAUAUGUAAUUCUAUCUACACUCCAAGUUACUGGACUGGGCAAAAGGAAAAAAUGUUUGAAGAUAUUUGUAGAAGCUUGGUUAGCUAUUAUAACAAAAUAUUACAAAAUAUCUCCACCUUCUAUUCACUACGAGAGACUAGUCCCUGUGUGUACUAUAUUAUAUCCAUCAGUGUGUCUCUGACAUUGGCAUGGAUGGCAUCAGCAAUCAACAAUAUAUUCUUACUAUAUAUAUUUUCUACUGUGAUGCUGCUGUGGCCUGGCAUUCAACACCGUGGAAUCUUUAACACCAUGUUAUCCAUGCUCCAUUUAGCACCCAGGACAUCGCCAUUCAAAACUGAAUAAUCCAGACACAUUGUUAGUGAGCUUUUUGUAAUGUGAUAUGCAUCUGGUCAUCGUCAUUUUAAUUUUAAGCUUAGCAUAUGCAGUUUGAGCUUUAAUUAUCCAUUAAAAUUUAAAGUUAUAAAAGAAAUUAGGAUUGCACUUUUGCAUAGUUGCACCAAUUUCUUAAAAACUUUGAAUCUGUCUCUAAAUGUCUAAAAUAGUUUGACUGAUUAUUGUGAAAUCGAUAUUAUGUUAAAACUUAUGUAAUAGUUGAGAAAAUAUCUUAUUGGAUUAUUUGGUUUAAAGUACAAUGUCAAAUUUAGUGUUAAAUAUUUUAAAAAUUGCACGGACUGUUUUAUACUGAAGUGUGAUAAAUACAUAUUAAUACAGCUUAAUAUGUGGGGCCACCAUUUUUUUUUUACCUUUGAUCUCAUCUGUCAACAUUGUCAUAUUUUUGCAUGAAUAAAAAAAUAUGUUAAAUGAUGAAAAUAUCCAAUACCUCUGUUGCGCCAAUCUAUGCAUUUGUUGAUUAUUCUUUAUAAAACUUAUCUGUUGCACAUGAAGUAGUUUUAUGUAACAAUGUUAAAGUUUAAGUAAAAUAAAUUUUUAGUUUUUGUCAUUCCAGUAUUAUGUAUUUUGUUUUAGGGAUUGUCAGUUUUGGAUUGUUUGUACCUGAUCCAAUGUUGGAUUACUUGUACAAAACAUCAAUGGCUCCUACAUAAACUAUAGUAUGUCUAAAAAUACAAAUUGUUCAAGACAAAACAUUAAACAUACAACCAAAAUCUAUAUUUUUUUUAACAUUACAUUUAAAUUUACGAAGAAAAAAAUAUUUAUCAAGUAAAAAUCAGAAAACAAUGUGUACAUGCCAAAAUUGUGACUUACAAUAGCUUAUGUAGGAGCCGGUAGAAGCCAUCGAUAUUUUAACUUUUUCUCAUGUUACUUGAUAUGUGCACUGUUUUAGUUUAACUUAGUUUAUGAUAAGAAGCACUAGGCUAUUAUAGAAUGCCUAACUUGAUUAGCAGCUACGUAAUUUCUUUUAUGAAUUAAAAGGAUUUAUUUACAA